UUUAAACAUACAUUUUAAAUAAAUGGCCGAUAUUUAGGUACACAACAGUAGCGGCAACCCACUGAACCCACUGUCUGGCCCUCAUUUUUAUUCACGUAAAAUUAAAUGGGCCUUUCUAUCCUGAAAAAGCUCAAUGAGAACAAAUUCUUACUUUAGUUUUUUUUCACACCCCAGUCCACUAGGUGGCGGAAAAGUUAUUUUCUAUUAAUGAUUCAACGCCAUACCCCCAUAAGAAGAAGAUUCCACUGUUUGUUGUCAAAUGACUGUCAAAGCAAAGCUAUUUAAUCCUAAAUCCUUAUUCAUAUAAUGUUCUGACUGUGAUCAACAUGGCCGAGGAAGAGUUCACAGACAUAAAUGGCAACUCGAUUUCUUUAGACUGCCAAACUCGCUCUGCUUUCUGCAGAGAGUUUACGGUCACCUCACCGAAACUGUCCUUGCGCAAGGUGAUGGUCUACACCUGCUUCGUUUGGUUAUUUGCUUAUGCUGUAUUUUUCUUCACCGAGAACACGACUGUCCUGUCGAGUGCCAUCAUCCUCACUCUGGCGGGGAUGAUGAUUCAUAUUCACUUUGUGAAGGUGGACCAUGAGACCCUUCUCAUAAUCGGUUCCCUUGGUGUCCAACUGUCUUCAUUUUAUGCAUCUGGACGAGAAAGUACGAUCUUCAUUGAGAUGAACAAGCUGAAAGACAUUGUGAUCAACGAGGCUGUUUAUAUGCACGGCAUUAUAUACUAUCUGUGCAUUCUGAUAAAGGACCCAGCAGAUCCUGAGACGGUGACCAGUGUUGUCCCUCUUUUCCAGAGUUCAAAGCCUCGGCUGAAUUGUUUGGUUCAAGUGUACAGGAGCUGUCAAGAGAUUCUUGCACAGUUCAGAUGACAGUGAGAGUCUUUCUUUGAAACAGGAUAAAGAUUGGAAAUCCCAAGAAUGAACCAUAAGUGUAUUGUUAGUAGUUUUUGUAUCAUCACCAACACUACAUUUGUUGCAUAUAGUGGUUUGUUAGAUGCAUUGUUGCAUUCAUCCACAAACUUACUGGGUCCUUUAAACUUUAUAAAAAAAUUAAAAUAAAAAAAACAUUUAUAAUCUGACGUUUUAUAUUUGGUAGUGCUUUUAAUAUUUUUUUCAUAUAAAUUAGGUACACUCCUGAUUUUGAUAUUUACACUUUGUAGUAUGUUUUAAAUAUUUUUCUAUAUUAAUUGCAGUGACUAUAGCUGAUUGUUUUUCCUUAUGAUUCUGACCUUUAUUAGCCACUAGAGGGACAUGUGUGCCAAUAUUUGGUAACUGGAACCAAAUCAGUUUAUAUUGAUGAUGGUAAUGAUUUCCUGUUUAUACUCUUUUAAUCAUGUGACAUUUUAAAUAGGCAUUGUAUUGAUGAUUAUUUUUUUCCUAUUUAAAAAUCAAAGUGAAA